UGUCGGAAUCAAGAACCCCGCCCCUUUCCUUGUACUCAAUUUCUCCUUUAAAGAAGCCUUACAAAGUUGGAUUAUACCCAACUUCUCCAAUCAUUCUCUCUGUUCUUUUCUUGAUUUUGACAGGUAAACCCAUCAAUUUUAAUUUCUUGUCGUUGCGUUCUUCAUUGGGUUUAAAGAAGCAACUCUGUCACGUUUCAUAAAGCAAUCAGAGUGCAGAUAUGGCUAAAUGCUCGUUCAAGCUCGAACACCCAUUGGAGAAGAGGAAAUCUGAAUCCUCUCGCAUCAGAGAGAAGUAUCCUGAUAGAGUUCCAGUGAUUGUUGAGAAAGCUGAAAAAUCGGACAUUCCUGACAUCGACAAAAAGAAAUAUCUAGUGCCAGCUGAUUUGACCAUUGGUCAAUUUGUGUAUGUUGUUCGAAAGAGAAUCAAACUUAGCUCUGAAAAAGCUAUUUUUGUUUUUGUCAAGAACAUGCUCCCACCAACUGCUGCUUUGAUGUCUGCAAUUUAUGAGGAAAACAAGGAUGAAGAUGGAUUCCUCUACAUGAGUUACAGUGGUGAAAACACAUUUGGAUCUUUUGAAAUGUGAUAAUUGUCGAUGUGAUAUGAAAAAAAAUGUAAAUUCCUAGUCUGUAAAUGUAAGUAUAUGUUGGUUUUAAUUCGAAUACAUGGUUAUAAUGUGACAAGAUUCAAUCA